AUGGGCAUUUACACUCGGCUCCCCGAAGGCAUCGACGAGGUCGACAUCAUCAUCGCCGGGGGCGGUACCGCGGGGUGCGUCGUUGCUUCCAGGCUCGCCGAUGCCGACCCCUCGCUGUCUAUCCUCGUAGUAGAGGGCGGACAGAACAAUAAGGGCAACCACAUGAUUGCCUUCCCGCUCAUUUUCCCAACUGCACUGCUUCCCACCAGUACCGCAACCCUGUUUUACAAGGGGAAUGCGGAGCCACAGUUGGAUAACCGCGAAAUGAUCGUCCCAGCCGGUGGUGUUCUGGGCGGAGGUUCGUCAAUCAACUUGAUGAUGUACAGUCGUGCUCAACGCCAUGAUUGGGACUCGUGGGCCACUCCCGGAUGCUCUGCAGAUGAAACAAUUCCUUUCUUGAAGAAGCUUGAGACGUAUCAUGGCCCUGGCCCUGAUUCUGUUCAUGGAAAAGAUGGCCCUAUUGUUGUGUCUCACGGAACGUUCUACUCUGAGCGUGCGGCAGAUCAAUUCAUUGCCGCCGCCAACGAGGUAGGAUACCCGACGGUCGAGGAUCUUCAAGACCUCGAGACCAGCAACGGCGUUCAACGUUCCCUCCGCUUUGUCGACUCAAAGGGCCGCCGCCAGGAUGCUGCCAGUAACUACUUGCAUCCGAAGCUGGAAGAUGGACUACACCCAAAUCUCCACGUCCUCGUUGAGACCAAGGUUAUCAAGAUCCUAUUUGAGGGCAAACGAGCUGUGGGUGUUGAGUUCAAGCCAAACCCUGCCUUCCAAAAGGAGGACAACACCAAUGUUCAGCGCGUCAAGGCCAGGAAGCUCGUAAUUGGUUCCUGUGGCGCUCUCGGAACCCCAUUGCUUCUCGAGAGGUCCGGUCUCGGCGACGAAGCCAUUCUCAACAAGGCUGGCGUUUCAGUUGUGGCCCAUAUCCCUGGAAUCGGCCGGAACUACCAGGAUCAUCAUCUCUUGAUUCAGACAUACUACAGCGCCUUGGAGCCAAACGAGACGUUUGACGCCCCCUGGCCGUCAAAUGCGCCAAUCAUGGGGUGGAAUGGCCAAGACGCCUCCUGUAAGCUGCGUCCCACUGAGGCCGAUGUCACUGCCCUUGGACCUGAAUUCGAGGCGGCAUACGCAAGGGACUAUCUCCAUACUCCCGACAAGCCCCUGGCGCUAAUGGCUUUGCUGGGCGGCUUCCCUGGUGAUCCAUCCACCGUUGAACCAGGACAAUACCUCGCGAUCUCUUUGUUCACCGUCUACCCCUACGCCAGAGGCCACGUCCACAUCACAAACGGGAUUCUAAGUGACUUGGAUGUCAAGAAGCUCAUUUGGGCGUACAAGAAGCAGCGGGAAAUCGUGCGCAGAAUGGAUGUUUACCGCGGAGAGUUUGUUGGCGCCCAUCCGCUGUUUGCCGAGGGUUCCGCCGCGGCCCUUGUCAAGCUGGACAAGCCGAAUGAUAAGAACAUCUCUAACAUCCAAUACACUGCAGAGGACGACAAGGUCAUCGAGGGCUGGGUGCGCAAGAAUGUCGGCACCACCUGGCAUUCACUCGGUACUUGCAAGAUGGGCGCACUGGCUGAUGGCGGCGUAAUUGAUGCCGACCUCAAUGUUCAUGGAAUUGAGGGCCUGAAGCUCGUGGACCUGAGCGUCGUUCCUCAAAACAUUGGCGCAAACACGGCCACCACUGCAUAUGCAAUUGGUGAGAAGGCAGCUACCAUCAUUCUGAAAGACCUUGGGAUUGCUGUCAGCCAGUGA